AUGUCAUUGUCCAACAAGCUAUCGAUUCGUGAUCUUGAUCUCAAAGGCAAGCGUGUGCUUAUCAGAGUUGAUUUCAAUGUGCCCAUCAAAGAUGACAAGAUCACCAACAAUAAUCGUAUUGUGCAAGCGCUACCUACUAUCAAAUACGCAUUGGACCAAGGGGCAGCAGCAGUGAUCCUCAUGUCACAUUUGGGUCGACCCAAUGGCCAAGUACAGAAAAAGUAUUCGAUGGAACCAGUGGCCAAAGAAGUUGAAUCAUUGCUCAAGAAACCGGUUACGUUUUUGCAUGAUUGUGUGGGACCCGAGGUGGAAAAGCAAUGCCAAUCAGCAUCAGGUGGUCAAGUUAUCCUUUUGGAGAAUCUACGAUUUCAUGCCGAGGAAGAGGGUUCACACAAGGACGCGGAUGGCAAAAAGAUCAAAGCUGACCCCAAAGCAGUUGAGCAAUUUCGUCAAAGCUUGACAAAGCUUGCUGAUGUGUAUGUGAAUGAUGCUUUUGGCACAGCCCACCGUGCACAUUCAUCCAUGGUUGGUGUGGACUUGCCUCAACGUGCAGCUGGCUUUUUGAUGCAAAAAGAACUCGAUUACUUUGCCAAGGUGUUGGAGCAUCCUGAGAAACCAUUCCUUGCUAUUCUUGGUGGCGCCAAGGUGUCUGACAAGAUCCAGCUCAUUAACAACAUGCUUGACAAGGUGGAUGAGCUCAUUAUUUGUGGUGGCAUGUCGUUUACCUUUAAAAAGACAUUGGACCAUGUCAAGAUUGGCAAGUCUUUGUUUGACGAGGAAGGCGCCAAAAUUGUCAAAGAGCUUGUGGAUAAAGCCAAACAAAAGAACGUUAAGCUUGUGUUCCCAGUGGACUACGUGACAGCCAACGAGUUUAGUAAUGAUGCCAAGAUCGGAUAUGCAACGGAUAAGGAUGGUAUUCCUGAUGAUUGUCAAGGUCUCGAUUGUGGCCAACAAUCCAACCAAAUCUUCCGUGACGAGAUCAUGAAGGCCAAGACCAUUGUUUGGAAUGGACCACCUGGUGUAUUUGAGUUUUCCAAUUUUGCUAAAGGCACAAAAUCAUUGUUACAAGCUGUGAUUGAUGCAACAGCCAAGGGUGCAACUAGUAUCAUUGGUGGAGGUGAUAGUGCAAGCGCAGCAUUGCAAUGGGGAGGUGAAGAUAAGAUUAGUCACAUUUCAACGGGUGGUGGUGCCUCUAUGGAAUUAUUGGAGGGUAAAGAGCUUCCAGGAGUAGCAGCAUUGUCAUCAAAGUAG